AUGACAGAUCCUAUGAUGGAUUUUUUUGAUGAUGCCAAUCUUUUUAGUGAUACUUUAGAAGGUUUGUCAGAUGAUGCCUUUGUACAAACUGGGCCUGUUUCACUUGUUGAUGAAUUGAACUUGGGUGCAGAGUUUGAGCCUUUACAGAUUGAUUCUUUAAACCAUGUGCAGGAGACGCAAACUCAACAAAAGAUGAAUGAUUAUGAUCAUCUAAACCAGUAUGAUUCUCUGAAACUUCAAGUAAAUCAAUCCUUCAGUAGUCCAGUUGAAAAUGUUUUAUCACCACAUUCUGAGUUUAAUUGCUCUCCUGUUCAUCCACAAAAUCAAGCUAAUGGAUUGUUUCCUGAUGUAGCAGAUGGAAGUCCAAUGUGGGGACACCAAACUUCAAGCAGUGUUUCUAAUCAGAAUGGAUCUCCAUUUCACCGAGGACAUACACAGUCUAUGCAGCAAAAUAAAACCUUUGUAGCACACCACAGUUUUGCCUUAUUUCAGGCCAGUGAACAGCAUCAUUCGUGUGCCUCGUUGCAGUCGCAGCAGAGCAGAAAUGGUGUUAAUACAGGAGAGAAUACUCAGAAUCAGUCUGAAGGUUUCAUGGAGGUUAAUGCAUCUGUUUCAUGUAGAACUAAUGUUCCCCAUCCAUCCCAAGCUGUUGAUAUAUCAAAAUCACAACAGUCCAUCUCUAUGCCAUCAUUUUCUCAGACGACAAAUAACUCACCCCACUUUUGUGGAAAUCAAGAAGGAAACUAUGAUGGACCCUCUCCUACUAUAACAUCAUGCUCCAUUAAUACACAGUUUUCUCCUCCUUUUUCCUAUAAUAGUAACCAGAUCUCUCCCACCAGUCUUCUUCAGUCUUCUGCAACUCUUUCUGUUGGUCAACAAACUCAUCCUCUAUCUGACUUUUCUGGAAGUGAUGCCUUUGCAACUCGAAGAGGGACCAAACAAGAAGAUUCAGAUAGCAUCCUUAAUUCAAGUACAUCACUGAAUUCAAAUAAUUUCCAUGUGUUGCAUUCAGCACAACCUCAGGGCAACUUCAGUAGUUCAAAACUAUCAGCGGUGAACAUUAAUUUUUCUACCCCUACUGGUUCUGGUCCUCAGUUAAGCCACUUCAGUGAUCCUAUAGAGGGUAAUGGUUUUUCAUCUUUGGAUGAGAAUUUGCUUCAUCAGGUGGAGUCUCAAACUGAAUCAUUUACAGAACUUGACCCAGAAGCCCUCCUUCAUGAAGAUCUCCUUCCCCAGUUUGAUGAAUCUGCAUUUGUUCAGGACACCCCAAGUAAUGAUUUAGAACAUCAACUGGAACAACGCAUAGUCCCACAAACAAACCUUCUUCGGACUCAGUCUCAAAACUGCAAUCAUCCUUGGUAUCCUCCUGGUUCUAAUCUACAUCAGCAAGAGCGGAAGCAUGUCAGUGCUCAAGGCCAGCCUCCCUCCAACAAGAAAGCAGAUGGUUCUGGGACAUAUGCUAAGUUGCAGAAUACCCAGGUGAAAUCAAUGCUCGAGAAGAAACAGAAGAAAAAAGUGGAAUCUGAAAGUAAGCAGGAAAAAGCUAAUCGCAUCAUAUCUGAGGCAAUAGCAAAAGCAAAAGAGAGAGGGGAGAGAAACAUUCCACGAGUAAUGAGUCCAGAAAACUUCCCAAGUGUUUCAGCAGAGGGAAAAGAAGAAAAGAAGGGCAGAAAAGCUAAAUCCAAACCAAAAGACAAAGAAAGCAAAAAGCCCAAAACUGGCUCUUCCAAAACUAAAGAGAGGGCAAAAAUUGGCAAGCUUAUUAUUACACUGGGUAAAAAACAGAAGAGAAAAAAUGACUCCUCAGAUGAAAUGUCAGAUGCUAAACAGACUACUCAGCAAUCUUUCAAAGAUGAAACUUCACAGAAGAGAAGAUCAAAUCGACAAAUUAAAAGGAAGAAAUAUGCAGAAGAAGGUGAAGGAAAACAAUCUGAGGAAGAAACCAAAGUUUCUGUAAAAAUAAAAAAGAAUUCUGCUCCUUUGCCUGCUGAACAACCUUUACAGUUAUUUGUAGAGAAUCCAAGUGAAGAAGAUGCAGCAAUUGUAGAUAAAAUUUUAUCUUCCAGAAUUAUAAAAAAAGAAAUUCCUGGGACUGUGUCAGUAGAAGCAGAAGAAUUUUUUGUUAAAUACAAAAACUACUCCUACCUCCACUGUGAAUGGGCCACGGAGCAACAGCUUUUAAAGGAUAAAAGAAUCCAGCAGAAAAUCAAACGUUUCAAGCUGAGGCAAGCACAGAGAGCCCAUUUUUUUGCAGAUAUGGAGGAAGAACCUUUUAAUCCUGAUUAUACUGAAGUAGACCGGGUAUUAGAAGUCUCCUUUUGUGAAGAUAAAGACACUGGAGAGCACGUUACUUACUAUUUAGUAAAGUGGUGCUCAUUGCCAUAUGAAGACAGCACAUGGGAAUUGAAAGAAGAUGUAGACCAAGGAAAAAUAGAAGAAUUUGAACAGCUACAAGCUUUAAGGCUUGAUUCAAGACGAUUGGAUCGCCCUCCUCCUAAUUCAUGGAAGAAGAUAGAACAGUCCAGGGAAUAUAAAAAUGGCAACCAACUCAGGGAAUACCAGUUGGAAGGGCUCAACUGGCUUCUUUUCAAUUGGUAUAAUAGACAAAACUGCAUUUUAGCAGAUGAAAUGGGCCUUGGCAAAACCAUCCAGUCGAUAACAUUCCUCUAUGAAAUCCUUCUGAAUGGUAUAAGAGGACCUUUCCUGAUCAUUGCUCCACUUUCAACCAUAGCCAACUGGGAAAGAGAGUUCCGCACAUGGACUGAUCUUAAUGUUGUGGUAUAUCAUGGAAGCAUGAUUAGUAGGCAAAUGAUACAGCGAUAUGAGAUGUAUUUCAGGGAUUCACAGGGCCGCAUUAUUAGGGAUACCUACAAGUUCCAGGCCAUAAUCACCACUUUUGAAAUGAUUCUUGGGGGCUGUCCUGAACUCAAUGCAAUUGAAUGGCGUUGUGUUAUUAUCGAUGAAGCACACAGAUUGAAGAAUAAAAAUUGCAAGCUUCUGGAGGGACUCAAACUCAUGAAUCUUGAGCAUAAGGUGCUAUUGACCGGCACACCACUGCAAAAUACAGUAGAAGAAUUAUUCAGCCUUCUUCACUUCCUUGAACCUUUGCGUUUCCCAGCAGAAUCUACAUUCAUGCAGGAAUUCGGAGACCUUAAAACAGAGGAACAGGUGCAAAAGCUGCAGGCUAUUCUGAAACCAAUGAUGCUAAGAAGACUGAAAGAAGAUGUAGAGAAGAAGCUGGCUCCAAAGGAAGAAACCAUUAUUGAAGUGGAGUUAACAAAUAUCCAGAAGAAAUAUUAUCGAGCUAUUUUAGAGAAAAACUUCGCAUUUUUGUCAAAAGGGGCAGGGCAAGCUAAUGUACCCAACUUAGUUAAUACCAUGAUGGAACUCAGAAAGUGCUGCAAUCACCCAUAUCUUAUCAAAGGGGCUGAGGAAAAAAUCUUAGGAGAAUUUAGGGAAACCUACAAUCCAACCGCUCUUGAUUUUCACCUGCAAGCAAUGAUCCAAUCUGCUGGGAAGCUAGUCCUCAUUGAUAAACUUCUCCCAAAAAUGAAAGCAGGAGGCCACAAGGUGCUUAUCUUCUCUCAGAUGGUCCGCUGUCUUGACAUCCUUGAAGAUUACCUAAUACAUAAAAGGUACCUGUAUGAGCGCAUCGAUGGAAGAGUAAGAGGAAACUUGCGCCAGGCUGCCAUUGACCGAUUUAGCAAGCCAGAUUCUGAUCGGUUUGUUUUCCUUCUCUGUACCAGAGCUGGUGGAUUGGGCAUAAAUUUAACAGCAGCUGAUACUUGCAUAAUUUUUGAUUCAGACUGGAAUCCCCAGAACGAUUUGCAGGCUCAAGCUCGUUGCCAUAGGAUUGGCCAAAACAAAGCAGUGAAAGUCUACAGAUUGAUAACAAGAAACUCUUAUGAAAGGGAGAUGUUUGACAGAGCAAGUCUGAAGCUUGGUCUAGAUAAAGCGGUCUUGCAGAGCAUGAGUGGCAGAGAAAAUAGCGUUGGUGGUAUCCAGCAACUUUCCAAAAAGGAAAUUGAGGACUUGCUUCGAAGAGGUGCAUAUGGUGCCAUUAUGGAUGAAGAGGAUGAGGGCUCCAAGUUCUGUGAAGAAGAUAUUGAUCAAAUCUUGCAGCGUCGCACAAAAACAAUCACAAUUGAAUCUGAAGGAAGGGGCUCCACAUUUGCUAAGGCUAGUUUUGUUGCAUCUGGAAAUAGAACAGAUAUUUCAUUAGAUGAUCCCAACUUCUGGCAGAAGUGGGCCAAAAAAGCAGAAAUAGACAUAGAUGCCAUCAGUGGUAGAAAUAGCUUGGUUAUUGACACCCCGAGAAUUAGGAAGCAAACAAGGCCUUUUAGUGCUACAAAAGAUGAACUUGCUGAGUUAUCUGACAUUGAAAGUGAAGGAGAGGAUAAACCGAAACUUAGAAGGCCUUGUGAUCGCUCCAGUGGAUAUGGAAGAACAGAAUGCUUUAGGGUGGAAAAAAACCUGUUAGUUUACGGGUGGGGACGUUGGAGAGAGAUUUUAUCGCAUGGGCGCUUCAAGAGACAGCUGAACGAACAAGAUGUGGAGAUAAUUUGCCGAGCCCUCCUAGCAUAUUGCCUUGUCCAUUAUAGAGGAGAUGAAAAGAUUAAAAGUUUUAUCUGGGAUCUUAUUACACCUACUGAGGAUGGGCAGACUCGAGAAUUACAGAAUCACUUAGGUUUGUCAGCCCCAGUCCCCAGGGGCAGAAAAGGAAAGAAAGUUAAGACCCAAGCCAGCACCUUUGACAUACAUAAAGCAGAAUGGCUUCGCAAAUAUAAUCCAGAACAUUUGUUGCAAGAUGAUGGGUAUAAAAAACACAUAAAACACCACUGCAAUAAGGUUUUACUUCGAGUUAGAAUGCUGUAUUACUUGAAGCAAGAAGUCAUUGGUAAUGAAUGCCAAAAAGUUUUUGAAGGAGUUGAUGCCAGUGAAAUUGAUAUUUGGGUCCCGGAACCAGACCACUCUGAAGUGCCAGCUGAAUGGUGGGAUACGGAAGCAGAUAAAUCUCUAUUAAUAGGUGUUUUUAAACAUGGUUACGAAAAAUACAACACAAUUAGAGCAGAUGCUGCUCUCUGUUUCCUGGAAAGAGUGGGAAAACCUGACGACAAGGCCGUGGCCGCGGAGCAGAGAGCAAAUGAUUAUAUGGAUGGGGAUGUAGAAGACCCAGAAUACAAACCAGCCCCAGCCAUGUUUAAAGAUGAUAUGGAGGAUGAUGCCUCAUCGCCUGGGGAUCUUGUAAUAGGAGAUGGAGAUGGUCAGAUGAUUGAAGGAGACAAGCUUUAUUGGCCAACUCAGUCUGCCUUAACAACACGAUUGCGUCGUCUCAUAACAGCAUAUCAGCGUACUAGUAAGAACAGGCAAAGCCAGCCAAUUCAAGCACCCUUUUCUGUCCAGGCUUGUGUGAUGCCAUCUGCCUUUGAAGAAGCUGCUUUAAAUCCAAAAAUGGCUGCCAAAAUCGAAAGACAACAAAGGUGGACAAGACGAGAAGAAGCUGAUUUCUAUAGAGUCGUGUCUACUUUUGGUGUAGUAUUUGAUCCAGACAGAGCCCAAUUUGACUGGACAAAAUUUAGAGCGAUGGCGAGGCUACAUAAAAAAACAGAUGAAAGUUUAGAGAAAUAUCUCUAUGCAUUCAUGGCCAUGUGCAGAAGAGUUUGUCGCCUACCUUCAAAAGAUGAACUUGUGGAUUCAAAUGUUUUCAUUCAGCCAAUAACAGAAGAACGUGCAUCUCGAACCUUAUAUCGUAUUGAGCUUCUCAGAAAGGUACGAGAGCAAGCUGUCCGUCAUCCUCAGCUAUUUGAGCGAUUAAAACUUUGUCAGCCAAAUCCCGACUUGCCUGUUUGGUGGGAAUGUGGGACCCAUGAUUGGGAUUUAUUGGUUGGUGCUGCAAAACAUGGAGUUAGCAGGACAGAUUACCACAUCCUUCGUGAUCCUGAACUUUCAUUUAUGUCAGCCCAGAGGAACUACAGUCACAGUAAAGUAGCACUUUCAAGGACUUCUACUCCACUUUUACAACAGUAUCAGAUGGCAUUGUCGGCAUCUCCUCUCAUGCCUCAAGCAAGGCUGCCAGAUGUUAAAGGGAAUGUGCUUGAGGAUACAAAAACUAAGAAUGAAAACCAUAAAGAACCUCAUUCUUCAGACGAAGAGUCCAUGUCUACUGAAAAUUUGCAGAUGGGAGUGAAGACAGAACCUUCAAGUCCAAAGAAUGGCACACCCUCACAUGCUGCAGACCACAAGCCUGUUUCGAAGGCAGAUAAUGACAGGCGUAUGGUUGCAGCAAGGACAGAACCCUUAACUCUAAAUGCUGCUUCCAAAAAGCAAAGAUCUGGAAAGAGAGGAUCAGACUCUAGUUCUGAUUCAGACUCCGAUUCAGAUAGAUCAUCCUGUUCUUCCAGAUCAUCUUCAUCUUCAUCGUCGUCUUCUUCCUCUUGCUCUCGUUCCAGAUCAGGAUCCAGCUCUUCAUCUUCUUCAUCUUGUUCUUCAGCAUCAUCAUCCUCUUCCUCUUCUUCUUCCUCUUCCUCCUCCUCUUCCUCUUCUUCCUCUUCAUCAGAAGAGAGUGACAGUGAUGAAGAGGAGGCACAAAAGAGACGAGAAGGAACACCUCACUUGAAAGCAUAUGAUGAAGAAAGUGUAGCUUCAAUAAGCACUGUGCAGGACGAAACCCAGGACAGUUUCCAAAUGAAUAAUGGAACACCAAAUUCUAAUUGUAUCUUACAAGGUGGAUAUAUGUUAGCUGCUUCCUACUGGCCCAAGGAUCGGGUUAUGAUUAAUCGUCUGGAUAGUAUUUGUCAAACAGUCUUGAAAGGUAAAUGGCCCUUGGCAAGGAGAAAUUAUGAGAGCAAUGCUGUGGCUUCCUUCUAUACCACCAAGCUUCUAGACAGCCCCGGUGCUGCUGCAGACUACAGCGAGCGCAGUGUACCAACUCCUCCAAGCGCAGACGUUAAAGAAGAAAAUGAUCAAUCACCACAGAUGUCAAAGGUGAAGAAGCAUGUGCAGGAAAAGGAGUUUACAGUGAAAAUCAAUGACGAAGGUGGUUUGAAAUUAAUUUUUCAGAAGCAGGGGCUUUGUCAGAAAAGGCCAUUUGAAAGUGAAGAUGGCCUAUUAGGACAGCAACAGUACCUCGCCAGGCUACAUGAACUUCAGAAUGCUUCAGAGACAAGCCUUGCCAAUUUUCCAAAGUCUUUGCCAGAGUCAGGAACUUCUAACCAGUCGAUAGCUUGUGCAAAUGGAGUAAUUGUCGAUGAUCAGCCUGCGGUGAAAAAGAGGAGAGGAAGGAGAAAAAAUGUGGAAGGAGUUGAUAUCUUGUUUAUAAACAGAAGUAAAACACCUAACCAUGUUUGUCAUGGUGUUACUACCCCCCAGGUUGGUCUGGGCAUAACCCCCCCACUUCCAUUUGCACAAUCGCAAGGCCUGUGUGAUGCAGAAAGCCCGGUUCCAGUUAUUAAUUUAAAAGAUGGUACAAGACUUGCAGGUGAUGAUGCCCCUAAAAGAAAAGAUUUGGAAAAAUGGCUUAAUGAACAUCCUGACUAUGUUGAAGAUUUAGGAGCCUUUAUCCCUAAAAUGCAGCUUCACGAAGGAAGACCGAAACAAAAAAGGCACCGUUGCCGCAACCCUAAUAAGCUGGACAUCAAUAGCCUUACUGGGGAAGAACGUGUUCAGCUGAUAAACAGAAGAAAUGCUAGAAAGGUGGGCGGUGCUUUUGCUCCUCCUCUGAAAGAUCUGUGCAGAUUCCUGAAAGAAAAUUCUGAAUAUGGUGUAGCUCCUGAAUGGGCAGAUGUUGUUAAGCAAUCGGGAUUUCUUCCUGAAAGCAUGUUUGACCGUAUUCUCACAGGACCUGUUGUUCGAGAAGAAGUAAGUCGGAGAGGGAGAAGGCCCAAAAGUGAAGUUGCCAAGGCAGCAGCUGCGGCUACAUCAGCGGCCAACGUCCCAGUCGCCCCUUUGCUGACCAACGGGCUGCUCCCAGGUGUGGAUCUCUCAACUCUCCAGGCCUUACAGCAAAACCUGCAAAAUUUUCAGUCAUUACAAGUGACCACAGGUUUAAUGGGAAUAUCUGCUGGUCUGAACACUGCCGGCGAUGCAAAAAACAUGGCUGCCGUAUUUCCCAUGUUGCUUUCAGGAAUGGCUGGUUUACCAAAUCUGCUAGGAAUGCGAGGACUCCUAACAAAGUCUGCUGAAUCUGCUUCUGAGGAGAAAAAAGGACACGACUCCAGAGAGCUGGACGGAAAGAAAGAGAGGACAGAAAGCCCAAAUGCACAUAACGGUGGAGAAAACUCUGUGUCAGGUUCUCCUUCUACGUCAUCCGCUGCCAGCACAGCCGCCAGCUCCUUAACUCUUAACCCUUUACUGUUGUCCAAUAUACUUUAUCCAGGGAUGCUUCUCACGCCAGGCCUUAAUCUCCAUAUCCCAGCUUUGUCCCAAUCGAAUAUUUUUGAUGUACAGAACAAUGAAAAUCACGGCACAGGCUUAACUAAGCCUCCAGGAGAAAAGGAAGAAAAUUCUAGGGUUCAAGACGAAGAAGUCAAGAGGGAAACAGCGCCGAGCUCUCGCAACGGAAACAGCACAGAUGAGGGUUCAGAGAAAGCCGACGCUUCUUCUGGCUCCGACAGUACGUCCUCCUCGUCUGAGGAUUCGGAAUCUAGUGAUGAAGACUGACCCCAGACUCUGCACUUAAAUUAUAAACUGAUUUUCAAUUUAUUCUUUCAUUAUUUUGUUGUAAAUAACACAGUGUUGAGUGAGUGCAUCAGUAAUUACUGACCGAACAUUUCAGUAUUGUUUAGAAGUGCAAACUGCGUUCAGAAACAUUUUGCAUGUAAUAUUUCUUGAGGUUCCUUAGUUCCUGAACUUCUGUGUACUAUCAAAUACACAAUGGUGUAAAAAGAAUUACAGCAAAAGGCAUUAUAAUUUUGGGCUUUGGGGGGGGUUAAUUUUUUUAAAAAAAGCUUAGUAAGAGCUGUAUAUUUAAUAUAUUUGCGGUGAACACAAUUCUUUAUGCGCAUUAUUGAUUUAAUCUGAAUAUAGUUUUACAGCCUCCUUGACACUUAUAAUUUACAGAUCAAAACUCAGCAAUAAUUUGGGCAGCUAAUGAAUGUCAUGAAAGCUGUAGAAUCUACAUCACCAUCCAUUGCUUUAAUUAUAUGGAAAUGAUCUGGUGUUAUAAUGCACUGCUGAUGUUCCCAGUUCAGGUACAACUGUGUUUAAAAUAAAAAGUUUCCCAUUCAGCCAAUUAAAUUGGCUACUUGUUACCUCAGCUGAGUUAGUUUAGAAAGUUUACAUUGGUUUCUCUGCUUGUUUUCCUAUAUGCUUUGCUUUUUAAAAAGCAUCCUGUGUAUGUUAAUUUGGCAAGGGAAAUUAUCAUUACCAGUUGCACUCUUACUACUAGCAAAGGGAAAAUUUUUAUUUAAAAUAUCCCUUUCCUGUCUUCAGCACCAUGGAUACUGAUUUUAAGUUUUGCUCCAUCUACAGCCUUCAUGUUGUUGAGGAGCUGUAUCCACAUGUUGAAAUAACUCAGAAGUGCCACUUUCAACACUGCAUACUUCACAUGUAAGGAUUAGAUCCUUGCGAAGUUAUACUGUUUGCUUCGUUUGUCUAGGUUUCUAUUUUGUGUUUGUCGUGUAACCUCCUGUAGUUACCAGUUCAUAAUGGUAAGGGGAAAUAUAGACAUGUUAAAACUCUCACAUUUUUACAGG